AUAUUUGACGAAGGACAGUGAUUACUGGCCGGCUAACAAAUUGAUUUAUGUUGACACAGAUAAAAACACUAGAAAAAGUGUAAGGCCUAAAACACAUAAAUAAACUGAAAUUGAAAAAGUCUAUUACUAUUUUCUAUUUAAACACUUUCAUUGGAUCUCUAGCAAAAACCAAUUCGGUAAACUAAUAUUUCUGCUUAAUUAUAUUAGCAAACUUAAUUGGCUGGGUUUGGGCUUACGGGCUUUUUUAGCGUGAGCUUCCUAAUUGAUUUUAAAUGAAAUGUCCCAUUUGUCGUUGGUAUAAAACUGCCAAUCGAGGUGGCCGAAAGUCAACAGAUCCAAGAUGAACGGCUUGAGCAACAAACUCUUCGGGUGUCAGAUUAAAUUCGCCCUCAUUGUUGGCCUUUUGGUAUCCUUGGCCUGGGCACUUCCUGUCGAAGAUGAAAAGACGUCCCUAGCAGCCAAGGAAGACGCCGUGAACAACGAGUCGCCCAUUGAAGCUGCGCCGGUGGUGGAGGAAGCCGAAAACCUUGGACAGCUGCGAUUCCCACCGUUCAAUAACAAUGGAACCGGAUUUUUUGAAAGGUUCGGUGAAAAGUUCAGAAAUAAGAGGACUACAACUACCACUACAACCACCACCACAACAACUAAAGCUCCGGCUGGAAAAUAAGAAGGACCAACUGCUCAAACAAUUAAUACUUAAUAGUUUGUCGCCUACUUCAUAAAAAU